GCUCUAGAAACCGCACGGCCGUCGCCGCGUCGCCUGCGCCGCAAAGUCGCGAAAUAUUUUUCCCCGCAUAUACGCACGCGUACACACACACGCACACAGACAAAAGGGCGCGCGCGCGCGCGACUGGCAAUACGUAUGUUGGCCAUAGUCUCCGACGAAUUUUUUUUUUUAAAUUGUUCGUUACUAAAUUUUUGCUCCUCGCCGGUUUUAUAGUCACCGGCACCAUAUUUCAUACCAACACGGACAAAGCUGAAAAUCGUCGCGAGGAAAGGACGAGGGACGGCAACUGAUAUAGCGCGCUAAAAUAAAGCUGAUGCAGUCGAAUCCGUCACACGACCAAUGCGUCGGUGGAUUCUGUAGAGCACGAUCGGCCAAUAACAAACAAUUAUCAGACUUCUAGCUUGUCUAAUUUUUGAUAAAAAGCCGGUCAUUGAUGAACCACGUUGAGACGACAACCACGACACAUUCUACUUUGUGGACCUAUACCGUGACGACAUGCGACUGGCCGACGGGUAGGAGCUGGUUGCGAGUAACGGACGUCGAAGUGACACCGCCACGGCUACUGAUCGCCACCGUUGUCCUCACUGAGUAAUCGGAUUACGCUAUUUUAGUAUUUUACCACGAUGGAACGCAACAGAUUAUUCCCGGAACCACGGUUGUAGCCGGACUCGUAGAACUACGACCACGACCACGACCACUCGCACUAGUCGAAUCACGAUCCAAUCGUCUCUUGUGGAUUUAUGGAAGCGGACGACGAUGGACGCGACCCAGCGGCGGUGGCGAAGACGGAGACGGAGACGGCGGCGGCGACUGCGGCCGGAAACAAGGACGAGGACGGYGACCGUGGAACUUCCGGUGGCGGCGGUGAAGAGUACGACAAUUAUCUGGACGACUUCCUCAAAAAGCUGUGCCGGGAACGGGGGACCGCUGGUGACCAGCUACUGCCGUGCACUGCUAAGCGAGUAGAUGUCCAGGUGGAAUCUGUGCCGUAUGGUGGCGUCCGGUACGGUGGGGUGGAUGAGUUGAACAAGAACGAAGUGGAUGCGGACGACGAUGACGACGACGACGACGCGUCUACGGAAACGAUGACUCGUAAGCCUAAAAUACCCGACGGCGGCUGGGGCUGGAUGGUGGUGUUUGCUUCACUGAUGAUUUGCCUGAUUUCGGAUGGCAUCAGCUUUUCGUUCGGACUACUAUACAUCGAGUUCCUCAAAGAGUUCCAAGAGAGCAAGUCCAAAACGGCGUGGAUCGGUAGUCUGUUCAUGGCCGUGCCGCUUAUCCUGGGCCCAGUGGGUAGUGCACUGGUCGACAAGUUUGGGUGUCGGAAGAUGACCAUCCUCGGUGGUAUAAUAUCCGGUCUCGGAUUCAUCAUCUCGUCGUUCGCCGACUCGAUCGAAAUGGUGUUCUUCACUUUCGGCUUCCUGUCUGGGUUAGGCUUGUGCUUAUGUUACGUGACAGCCGUCGUAAGCAUAGCUUAUUGGUUUGACAAAAAGCGCACACUAGCCACCGGGCUGGGCGCAUGUGGUACCGGGAUCGGUACGUUUCUAUAUGCGCCGAUGACACAGUACUCGAUCGAGGAAUACGGCUGGCGGGGCACCGUACUCUUGUUGGCUGGCACAUUUUUCAACUUUUGCGUGUGUGGUGCUUUGAUGCGUGAUCCUGACUGGCUGAUCGCUGAACAGAAGAAACCCGCGGUCACCAGUGGGCAUUCUGUAGCUGUAACUACCAAACCGUGGACUGACACCGAAGAGUCCAUCGUCGAUCAUUGUCCGGUGGUAGCCGUCGAGAACGAAACAGCUGCUCCGCCCACCGGGCGGACCAAGGGAUUCGAUCUGAUCGCGUCCGAACCGGAUGUAGACACACUCAUGCAGUAUCCAGGAGUCGAGCAAUACAGGCGCAUGGUAAAAGAAGCUCAGUGUGCCGAGUACAAGCUGACAGGUGUMACCACCACCGUCCGCAGUCCAAUGACUGACGGUGAGCGCCGGCUACCCGACGACAACACUUGUUUCCGGUCGGUCAUCAACUUACCCACAUACCUUAAGCACAACGAAAAAGUUCCGUUCGAAGUACUCGAGUCGUUAAGUUCCAACAAGACGCUGUUCAACUUGAUCCUAGAAAACUAUCCGAACCUGUUAUUGUGCCGGAGCAGCAGUGUGAGCCAGGUGAACAAUGGGUCAGUGAGCAAAGAUGUAUCGGAUACCCGGACGGCCUGCAACAAAGGUAAUGGGCUUCGACCCGAUUCACCUCCGCUGGUCAUGAAAAUGAAGUUAAAACAAUCAAAGAAGUCAAACUCAAUGGGUUCGGGCGUCAUAUCACCACUGGAAUCGCAGGCUAUUUCGCYGCCGCAGACUUAUACCGCUGACAAUAGCCCCGAACGGCAACCUAAGGCACACCACUCGAUGUUGAAGAGACAAUUUAGCACCACUCAAAGCAGUUAUUUGAAGAGUUUACCAUAUCACAGGAGCUCCGUGAUGUACAAAGGAGCAAUAUUGAACAUCCAAAAAAAUUCUAUGAAAGCGUCAUCAUGCCCAGACAUUUAUAACAAUAACUCUACAUUAACAGUCACUAGCGAGCCCGAUUCCAUGUUUCGCAGGCAUAGUUUUGUCAAAGUUAUUAAUCAGUUAUCUAUUAAACGCGUGAAUACUAUACGUCGAGUGAGGCGGAAAAGAUCAUAUUUUCAUCAAAAAUCAUUGAAAAAGGAAUGGUACACCGAAGUAAAAGAGCUGUUCAGUGGCAUCUUGGACUUCAGUAUGUUUUUAGAACUGCAUUUCCUAUUCCUGUCCCUAUCCACGAUAUUGCUAUUCACGUGGUUUAUCGUUCCGUAUUUCUAUCUCACUGAUUUUGUCAUGGCUCAGGGACUAAGCGAAACCGAAGCAUCCACUAUCAUCAGCACUAUCGGAGCUACAAACACUGUCGGAAUGAUAUUACUCGGCUGGGCUGGUGAUUAUCCAUGGAUGAACGUGACCAAGGUGUAUGCGAUCUGUUUAGUGGGCUGUGGCAUUUGCUGUGCCAUCAUGCCUUUGUUUAUCAGCAGCUUUUGGUCACUAAUCGUCAUCGGUGCUGCGUUCGGUCUGUUUUUCGCUUCAAAUUUCUCGUUUACGCCUGCCAUUUUGGUAGAACUCAUACCGCUGGACCGGUUCACCACCGCGUAUGGUCUAAUGUUAUUGUGCCAAGGAAUCGGCAAUCUAUUGGGACCGCCAUUAGCAGUUUUGCGUGAUAAAGAGAAGGGUGGUAGAGGAUACAGAAAACUGGAAGGGACCAACAAAUGUGGGCCCCUUAUGGAAAAAAAUCUGGCUACGAUCCCGCACUAG